AUGGGUAUGGCACAUGAUGGCAUAAUACACAAAAAGCCAAACCAAAUAAUUGAAUUUGACAAAAUAUAUUGGCUGUUCCACCUGAUUACAGCAAUGUAUCAUCAACAACUCAAAACAAAACAACUUGGUCGCAACAAAAUUUUCAUUUCCUUUCAACGAUUUUUACUUGCAAAUACGGCACUUGAAGUAAAAAAAGCUAUGCGAAAAAAGGGCAGUACGAGUAUACGAGUACAAAUUGCCUACUUAUUUAUUCUAGUAUCACAGGUACCAGCCGAGACGAUUGCAAAUAAACUCGCUUUGAACAGAAACACUCCAUAA